UUUCUAUUUUUCUUUUCUGAUUUAAAAGUUUUUUUUUUUUAAAGAGAGAAUCAAAAAGAUAUUUUUGUUCAUUGAAGUGUCUCAAGAAAAACCUUUUCACAGUCUCUUUGGAAUCAGGAAGAAAGAGAAAAAUGGAAAGAAACACGCCGGUGAGAAACCCUCACACUUCCACCGCCGAUCUGCUUUCUUGGUCGGAAACCCCUCCUCCUGACCACUCUACAACCCCUUCCGCCGCUCGUUCUCACCAGCCGUCCGAUGGAAUCAGCAAGGUUCUCGGCGGAGGUCAGAUCACAGAUGAGGAAGCUCAGUCCUUCAAUAAGCUGAAGAAUUGUUCAGGGUACAAGUUAAAAGAGAUGACUGGGAGUGGCAUAUUUACUGAUAAGGCAAAAGUCGGGUCUGAAUCCGAUGCUACCGAUCCAAAGACUGGACUCCGUUACUAUCAGCAAACUCUGAAUGGAGUGAGUCAGAUAUCAUUCAGCGCAGACGGGAAUGUUUCCCCGAAGAAACCUACCACUUUAACCGAGGUCGCAAAGCAAAGAGAGCUGAGCGGAAACUUGCUCACAGAGGCAGACUUAAAGAGCAACAAGCAGAUAUCGAGUGCUAAGAUCGAAGAGAUCAGUGGUCAUAACAUCUUUGGACCUCCACCUGAGAUUCAGACUCGGUCUUUGGCUGCUGCACAACAAGAAGCUAGAGGAAACAGAGACAUGGGAGAGCCUGCACCAAGGAACUUACGUACUUCUGUGAAAGUUUCCAAUCCUGCAGGAGGACAAAGCAACAUACUAUUCAGUGAAGAUCCUGUUGUGAAGACAUCAAAAAAGAUACAUAACCAGAAGUUUCAGGAACUCACAGGGAACGGUAUUUUCAAAGGCGACGAAUCACCUGGUACUGCAGAUAAGCAGUUAAGCUCAGCUAAACUCCGGGAAAUGAGCGGAAACAAUAUUUUUGCAGACGGGAAGUCAGAAUCCCGGGACUACUUUGGUGGUGUGAAGAAGCCUCCCGGCGGUGAAAGCAGCAUUUCAUUGGUCUAAGACUGGGGACUUAUUUGGUAUUAACCGUGAUUACGUUUCAGGUUCUUUAGAAUUUAGUUUCUUUAGAGUCUUCAUCUAUGUGUACGGAUCUUAAAGAACUUUUGGGUGUUGUUGUUUCUACUUUCUAGUCUUCAUCUAUGAACUUAUAUAUAUCUGAUCCUUGCUGUUGUACCAA